ACUGUUUGGUCCGUGUAACGUGAACGUCAUUAGGUGCCAUAAAGAUGGCGGAGUCGGAGGAGGAGGUGGACGUCUUGGUCCAGCGAGUUGUCAAAGACAUCACAAAUGCCUUCAAGAGAAACCCCAACAUUGAUGAGAUUGGUGUGAUCCCGUGUCCAGAGGCCCGCUACAACCGCAGUCCCAUCGUGCUGGUGGAGAACAAGCUGGGUGUGGAGAGCUGGUGUGUCAAGUUCCUGCUGCCAUAUGUCCACAACAAGCUGCUGCUCUACCGCCAGCGCAAACACUGGCUGGAGAGGGAAGCUUUAGCGGAUAUCACCUGCACUCUGUUGCUGCUUAACCCGGACUUCACCACUGCAUGGAAUGUCAGGAAGGAGCUGCUGCAAUGCGGAGUCCUUAACCCAGAGAAAGACCUCUACCUGGGCCAGCUCGCCCUCACCAAAUUCCCCAAGAGCCCGGAGACAUGGAUACACAGGCGCUGGGUGCUGCAGCAGAUCCUGGGUCAGUGCUCUGCAGCGGACCGCAGCAAGAAGCGUCAGCAGGGGGACGCAGAGCGGGGGGACGCCGAGCAGGGGGGCGCCGAGCGGGGGGAUACAGAGCGGGGGGAUGCAGAGAGGAGCCAGCAGCUCAGCGAGCACCUGGCCCGGACGCUCCACCAGGAGAUGAAGGUGUGCUCUGACGCCGCCUGCCGUUACCCCAGCAACUACAACGCAUGGUCCCACCGCAUCUGGGUGCUGCAGCACAUGGGCCAGGGCAACGUCAAGGUUCUCCAUGAUGAGCUGUCCUCCAUGCGCCUGUGGGUGUCCAUGCACGUGUCCGACCACAGCGGCUUCCACUACCGCCAGUUCCUGCUCAAGGCGCUGAUCACUGAGCUCUCCCAGACUCCAGCUUCCACCUCCUCCCCCCAGCAGCGGUGCAGCACAGCCCCCAGCAGCAGCCAUCUCCACCACAGCCAGGCCAACGGGGAGCUGUCAGAAGGAGAGGCAGCCACCGAUGAGGAGUGGCAGCUGAGCGCCAACACAGUCCUACAGCUGUUCCACCAGGAGAUGGAGCUGUGCUCAGACCUCAUCCAGUCCUUCCCCGGGCACGAGACCCUCUGGAGUCACAGGAGGCACGUGUUCUACUUGUGGCACCACUGGAGGAGGGAGCAGCAGCAGCAGAAGGGCAGCACAAACGGAGAGAGCAGGUCGGGGGUCCUCAGCAGUAACGGGGACCCUGCCCCCCCCACGCUCAGCGCUCAGAGCUCUGCAGGUGGAGGGGGCGGUGUGAACGGACAGGGCCACGCUGCUCAAGCUAUGGAGGUCGACGGGGCGCCCUUGCCCGACCCGCGGGACAGCAAAAGACUAAAGACAGGCGUCCGGCCGCCCAGCCCCCCCGCCCUGCCCUCUGAGCCCAGCUUUGUGAGCGGCUUUCUGGACGGCUGCUGCAACCCUGAGCAGAGACGCUUCGCCCUGGCAUACAAGAAGUGGUUAGACACUGUCAUCGGUCAGCAGCCUUGACGGAGAACAGGCAGCCCCAUCCAGCUUUCUCAACAUUGAAGUUGCCUUUAGACACAGAUUUAGGAUCAGCUGACUCACUGACAGUGUGUCCGAUGCAGCGCGGCGACUCUCCUCCUGACAGUGAGAGCGUGGGGGAGUUCGACCACGCCCAGUCUGUUCCUUCUCUGAAACAUCUGGAUUCUCUUGAACUUCAUCUGAGCCAGCACCCCUUCAGAAUGGAAAUGUUCACGAUGUGGCCACCACAGGUCACCUCAGGUCAAACUGCCACUGCUUCUGUUAGUGGCAGUUCGGCACUCUUCUGCACAUCUUACUUGGUUUCAGUAUUUCAGAAAUGCAGCUGCCACAGGAGGAGCACAAAGCAGAAUGUGCAUGCAUUCUAACUCUCGAAAAAUCUCACUUAACAAAUGAAAUAAUCAUAAAUAAAUAAAGUAGGAUAAAUAAAUGACACAAUCAUUUGUGACAUAGUUUAACAAUUAUUAAACCUCAAUUUAUUAUUUUACAGUAAGAGUUUUAUUUAAUUUGUUCUCUUCUUUCAAAAGUCUUAACUCUAGAGUGAAAGCUGAGGGGGAUAUGAAGACUAAGAAUAACAAUAGGAAAACUUCACUUCGCGCAUUGCAUUAUUUAGGUUCCAGCGUUCUCUCGAUGAGACAUGCAUACUGACUGGUGCUCCAGAGACCUGACGCAGAGGAUCAUGGGAUCCCUUGGCCCUCAUUGCUUGCAGUGACAGGGUUUAAGCACACCCCGGUUUUCCUUCAAACUUCCUUAAUUUUCCGUUCUGAAGGCGGUAACAUUUAUUAAUCAUGUCAUGUUCUCUUCUUUUCCGUUCUGUGGGUCCUUGGUUUGCUGCUCCUGGUCAAUUUCUCUGCUGAAUAUUGUCAGUAACUCCAAUCUAUGUAGCUAAGUGCUAAAUUACAGUAGCUUGCAACAGAAAGCCAAAAAAGCUAUUAGUUAGCUAAAUAUAACGUUAUGUUUACCAUGUGUAAAGUCAAGCUAACUUGCAAAGUCUUACCUUCUGGCAACCUGAAGCACUUAAUAUAUAAGCAGAGAAAUGUUAGCUUUAGCAGUUUAGCGGCACUGAUGUUUGACUUGAAGGAUAAAGAGCGGGGGAGGUGCCCCCCCCCAACAUUCUGUGGUGCUACAUGCUGCCGUUUCUACACCUACUUCAUCUGUUACAGGUGUGUAGUGUGCAACACUGAACAGCACUUUGGACUAUUUGAUGAUAAUAGGCAAUCAUUGUUUUGUGGGGUACUAUUGACUUACUGACUCUUUUUGAAAAUAUUGUCUUAUUUUGCACCAAGCUUGUUAACAUUAGUCCUAGCUGCUUUGUGUUACUACCUUGUACAAAAAUAGAGGUAACAUGAACAAGGUCAAGGUCUACCUUCUGUAUUUGUGUUAAGGAAUCACUUAUAACACUCUUUUAAAAGUUGUAACAUGCUGCACAGUUCAUCCCUUCAAUAGAGUGGUGCAGUAACGGAAGUUAGCAUUGCAAGGGCUCCCUCGACUAAAAGCAAUGGGAUUUUUCCUUUGGAUAAAAAGAUAGAAGAUAAGAUCAAACUAAAGUUAUUGAUACUUACACAUUUGUUCUGCAGGAUAAUCUCCACAUAUUAACACCACUUUAUGUUUUUUGAAGCUUAAAUGCAACUGCCAGAAGUAAAAAGUUAACUAUCUAUAAGCUACAGCACGGUCACCACCGCUAAGCUAAUGGCGGCUAAUGUUAAGUGUAAUGACCUUAAGUAGUCUCAUUUAGACGCUUGUUGGCAGCAGCUGUUUUUGUGACACAGAAGCUUCCAAAAUUCACUAGUGGGGCUUUUACUGACGUAUUUUAAGUCGUAAAAAAAAAAGUGAAAAUCUCUUCAGCUUGCUUUCAUCGCAUACCUUAUUUCGGUAGAUCUAACCAAAAACUUGUUUAAUAAACAGUUGUCUCCUUAUACGAGGGAUCAGGAA